AGAAACUGAUCUGAAAAAGUGUCAACUUUAGCAAAUAUCGAAGCGUUAGUUUUGUGCGUAAAGUGUGCAUUUAGUUUUGGCUGACCGUUGGCGAGUGGGAAACAAUUGUUGAAAAUCCGUACCAUCAUAAAGGGAACACAAACGCAGUUAGGUGCAAGCCCCACUAGUCGAGCGCUUGAUUUCGUCCCAAUUUGGCCUGGCAAGCGAUAGCCUAGAUGAUGGUGAACAAUUAUUGAAUUCUGUAUCAGUUUGCUUGGAACAUGGCCGUCUACGAGUGAGUUCGGUAGCGUAUUUAGGAAUACGGUUCAACAACAGGUGCAAUCUAGGUUGUAAUUAGGAACAUAGCUUGUGGUGUACAUUCGCGCGCGCGAACCUGCUUGAUUGAUAAUCUUUUGGGACAGGGUGAACAACAUUUUCACAAUACGGCUGAAAACGACAUCUAGCGGCGCCAGAACGCGCUCACCAAAGUACGCCGUCACUUCUCGACGGUCCGCUGCUGUGGCAAAGAAGAUAAACAAAACAAUCCAUCGGAGUAACCCGUCGCAGAAAAACGAAGUUAAGCCUUGCUCGGCUAAUAGAUCCCGGGCCAAAUUAUUGUGUACAUUCUAUAGCCUAGCGUACGCGAAAAAUAAAAAAUUUCAGCCUAUUGUACGAGUGGCCGAUUGUUUGGCAGGCAAACGCAACAAAAUGCCAAGAAUGAAAAAGAGGAUCGACGAGGAAACCGUGGUGGUUUCGAAAUCGAGAGAACUUCCGGAAACCUUAACGGCGGGUAGAUCGCGCCGUACGAUAAAGCCCAAUCCAAAGUACAUGAACGAUGAAAUGCUCAUACCAACGAGAAACGCUAUAGACGAUAAUGACAUGAGCGGUGAUGAGUACAUAGUGGACUACGAAGAGAACGAUGAUCCGGAAGAUUCGGGUUUGAUCAUCCGGAAAUCGGUAGUUACGUCCACGCCGCACACGGACGGGCAACCGAGGAAACGGGGCCGUCCGCCUAAACCAAAAAAUUUGGACGCUCCGAGGACUGAGCCAGCGAAAAACCUUCGCAAGGAGGUGUUGAAAAAGAUGGACUACAAGACGAUUAGUAUCAGCAAAUCACGCCAUUUGCUUUCACAGUUUCAUGACGGAAGACGUAGGCUGAAUUUGACCGUAGAUUCCAAUGAUGCAGAUUCUGCCGAUCAAGACGAAAUGGACGACAUGGAGAUGGAAGAACAUUCUCUCCGAUCAAAUGACAGCUCGGAACAUGUGAGUCGCUCUCCUCACAGGUUCAGUUCGCUUGCUUUAAAGAAGCAUGUAGCUAGCACCAUCUCAGACCGAAGAAGCAGCGUCGCUAACAAAAGUGCGGUUGGUAGCAAAAAUGAAGGUACAACCGAAGAAGACGAAUACGACGAUGAGGCCGAUUUUGCGGAAUAUAGUGAUGAGCAAAAGAUGACCCCCUCACAUCAAAUGGUAAAGGCCAAACGUCCGGUGGGAAGGCCUCGUAAAUAUCCGCAGAAGGUUUCACCAUUCGGUGGGAAAGUGUUGCUGCCGGGCAUGAAAACAUCUUCCGGCACGCCCCUCCCUAAGCGCAAAGCAUCGGAAAUGGUGGACGAGAUCAAGCAAGAAUCCCAACAGUCGAAAAUGUUGCGCCGUUCGUACGGAGUGAAGAGCGUGAGUGCAUCGAGUCGUUCGCUAGAAAUUGAGUCGGAUGAAAACAGCGAGUACAAGGGCAAACAAUUAAACAAAUCCGCCUCAUUCCAGAACGUGCACCGUGGUCCGGGCCGCCCGCCAAAAGAUGCUUACCUUACCGGGCAGUCCAGCAAGCCAGACAAAAUGCAAGGUAACCGAUCGUUCCCCGAGGUGAAAGCGUCAAAACCUACGAUCACGAUCGUAAACGUGAACGAUAUUAUGAAAAUGAAUUCCAAAAGUACAUCCGACUUGCGGCGAAAGGUGGAAGAGGAUGAACCCGACUCGGAGGACGUGUCCGAGUUUGAGGAGAUGCAGUCGAGCGGUCGUUCGCAGGAUGGUGGAAAAACGAACAAUCAGCUGGUGGCGUCCAUCCUGGAGCGGAAGCGACCCAUUGCGCUGGAGCACUUGCAGCAGGCGGUACGCAGGCGUGUUCGGGAAUCGGGCGAGAUGGUACGUAACAGAGUAGAAUUGAAACCGAAGCGUACCACCCGGGGCGUUACGGAAACUCUUACCGAAGAAGAUAUCGUUGACUUCGAGGAUGUCUUGCAGAAGAAUAUUGUAAGCGCGAGCAAAAGCCCCCGUACGGUUACGGUAGGAUCGGUACGAGGACGGGGACGGCCGUCGGAAAAUUCCCAACAGGAUGAAAACUACAGCGGCAGUUACGGUGCUCCGAAUAGCAAACGCUUCCCGCAAGGCAACCGGAUGAGCAUGGGCAAAACGGUCGGCACACCGAGACGGUCGUUGCAACCGCCACGAAUAUUGAACGCGACCAUGAAGCUGGGCGACAAUCAUCCCCGCUCGAAACUGUCCGGCGGUUCGGGCGAUAAUCACUAUUCGAUUGAUCUAUCCGAUCCGGACAACAACGUGAAGCUCGUGUCUUCCUCGAAUGAAAACUCUCCCGUCAAGCGAUCGCCGAUCGGGAUGGCGGGUUCGAUGGCGACCCUCGGACAAAAGCUGGCCAGCGGUGGAAGCGCCAUAAAAUCAAUGGUACGGGACAGUUUGCGCUCGCCGCAGGAUCCGAAGAAAAAGCGUGUAACGGUUUACGAAACAUGGAACGUGUUGCAAACCAAAUCCAUCGACUCCACCAUGAAACCGCCCCGUCUGGCGCUGUCAAUGAUUGGCCUGGGCAAUAUCGCCGGCGAUAUCAAGCUGCCAUCGUCCGCCUGGUGUUUCCGCACGGUGGUGGAAAGGCGCAAGGUUCUACCGGCCGAGGGUGAUGAAGUGUUCUGCGGUCAGAUACAGGACCUUACCAUAAAGGAGGAAGAUAAAGUCAACUACGAACCGAACAAGAUAUUGUUCCGCCGCAAGGCUGCAUCACCGGGACGCUUCAACGUGCAGUUCGAUCGUUCUGUCACCUUCCGCAACGACACCUACACGCUGAACGUAGAAGGGCAAAUCUGCAAGCUCAUGGCUGCACCGAGCCGGCUGGAGUCGGUGGAAGAUAUCGAGACGUUGCUGAAAAUUGUCGACUAUGUGGAUCUUAAGAACGGUUGCCUCGAUUUGCCGGCAUCCGCGCGGCUGCAGGCAACCAAUGCGGCUGCUGCGGCUGCUGCUGCUAGCAAGCGGUUCGCCGGCAACAAGGAUCCGGUAAUAAUGUAAAUACGCGCCGUGCGCCGUAUGCAAUGGGCAUGAAACACAACUGGGAACAACAAUAGACGCCGGGACAUGCAAACAACGUGCGUAAAGUGAUAUGCCCUCGUAGUAUGGGCAUCGCCGAUUGGACAUCUCUUCUACCGUUGUUUACAUUUGUUAUGUUUUGUACAAAUGUUUGAGGUAAAUAUCCGUUAGUAUAAUUUUUUUUAACAAAACAAAUGCAAUUCAAGCAUGUGUUGAUAGGCUUUAGUACAGCUUUGAAUAGUAAGUUUUAGCAGUUAGAAAUUAAUGAUUUGAAAUGCGACACAAAAAUCUCCCCUGGGAGCGUAUCGUAAUUGUGAAUAAAUAUUUUCCAUU